UACAGGGGAGCAUCUCGCUGGUUUUACCUGAGAGGCCCGAGAAACUAGAGUGGAGAAGUGGGCUCAUCUCCAAAGGCAGAGGAGGGCAGCAGUGCAACGGCGACGGUGAGAGCUGCGCUUAAAUCUCAGCGUAGAAGAAGAAGGAAACCCAGCGACGCUGAACUCCAAAGACGAAGAAGACUGUUUAUUAUGAACUUCACAGCUAGUACCUCGAUGGUUUUAUGACAUGUACUCCAACAAGUUUCGCCGCCUCAUGUUAGGGCUGCACUGCCUUAAAACGACCGCUGUUUGUGGCCUGGUCCAGAGGGCCGCUGGUCGAAGCGGGUUCGGCUGGACUGCGGUGUGUAAACAGCGGACACUGUGGCUGCAGAGGAGCGCCUGUCGGGAGAUAGAACGACGUGCUGUGCUCCGUCAAAACGGCGUUCGGUCAGCUUCUCACAGCACCGUGGACCCUGAUGAACUGAGGAAGUUCCAGUCGUUGGCAAACAAGUGGUGGGAUGAACAGGGAGAAUUUGCAGCUCUUCACGCCAUGAACGACCUGAGGGUGCCUUUUAUACGGGAUAACCUGCUGAAUGUGCACAGAGCGCGCCAUCCCGGGAAGCCACUCGCAGGACUGAAGAUCCUGGACGUCGGUUGUGGAGGAGGCCUGCUCACAGAGCCCCUGGGUCGUCUGGGAGCUAAAGUUUUGGGUAUAGAUCCAGUGGAAAACAGCAUUGGCACCGCCCAGCUGCAUUCGUCCUUUGACCCGGACCUAUGUGAGCGGGUGUCCUACCAGGUGUGCACCCUGGAAGAGCUCUCAGGAGGAGAGGAUGAAGGAGCGGGACACUUUGAUGCUGUGGUGGCGUCUGAGGUUGUGGAACAUCUGGCUGACCUGGAAACGUUCGCCUUCUGCUGCAGCCAAGUGCUAAAGCCAGGUGGCUCACUAUUCAUCACGACUAUAAAUAAAACCAACCUGUCCUACGUGCUGGGCAUUGUUGUAGCGGAGCAGCUGCUGCGCAUCGUGCCCGACGGGACCCACGACUGGGAGAAGUUUGUCAGCCCAGUAGACCUGGAACGCCUCCUGGAGUCUCAUGGUUUCUCGGUGCAGUCUGUCAAAGGAAUGCUGUACAACCCCCUGUCGGGAGCCUGGAGCUGGACCGACAGCACUGCCAUCAACUACGCCCUCCACGCCGUCAAACUGAGAAAACAGGCUGAGGACAGCAGCCUCCACCCAGAGGACCACACCAUAGAAAGUAGCAGCUGAGCCACGCCACUUGAGAAGAAAUCCAAAAAUGAGAAAUAAUAACUCAGACGCGAGCGGCCCUGACAUCCUGUCGGCCAGCUGUGACGCAGCACAUGAGACUGAGUUUAUUCAAGGAAAGGGACAAACUGCCUGCAGAUAGAAUUAGAGAUGUGCUGCAUUUGGCAGACCCAUUGAUGCUGUGCUGUGCUGCGUGAGCGCUGAAUACAUGUCUAGUGUUUGAUAAGCUGUGUAAAGCAACGGUGCAUCCUUUAAUUGUGUAAUCAUUUUCAGCAUAUGCUGUCCUGCGUCAGUGUGGUGUUUGAGGCUGAAUAGUUAAAGGUUUGCAACAUCCUCCAUUAAAACUGACCUCACAUCA